GUAUUGUUUUCAGAUUUGCUUCACAGUCAAGAAUAAUGAAGGUUCUGCUGCUGGCUCUUGUUCUCGCACUGGUGUUUGCCAACGGCUCUUCCUUGACAUGUCACAGAUGUAUCCCUGACAUACCUGGAGGAAACUGCGGGUUCACUGAAGAGACCUGUGUCAACGAUCAAAAUGCGUGUGUAGCUGUCGCCUACAAGAAAUUUCCCUAUUCCUACUUCCGGAGGUGCAUCAACAUGGAAGACUGCUCGGCUCUUGAGUCCAAUCGCCAUUUAUAUGCCAGAUGCUGUCAGACGGAUCUCUGCAAUUAACCAACCCAUCAUCUAAACCCACAGAACACAAAGGAAAAGUGUGGCAUUUAAGAGGUGCAUAUCACAGAAUUAAUCAGUAGUAUUAUGUGGUUGUAUAGGCACAUAAUGAUUAUGUAUAUGGUGAUCUCACUAAUUCAUUUAGUUUUCAAAAUGCUUCAAAUAAAAACAAUUAUUAAAAAAUUAAA